CACGCAUAUGCGCACCUAGAAACAGACAUAUUCGUGCCGACUAUGUGCGAGAACUUGAAGCGUUCCCCCUCAAGUUGUACGCUGGCCUUCAAAUAUGCCCUUCAGGGAGGCCUUCAUAGAUGUUUCAAAGAUGGUUCAAAGGAACAGCUACUGAAGCAGCAGCAGCAGCAAACAGAGCGCUAGCUAGUUGCAACUGACUGCAUCCAGGUGGAAAGCAGGGAGGGAGGUGAUGCGGGAAGGCCCAGCUAGAUCCAUCACCGUUGAUUCUAGAAAGUGCAGGCGAAUGCCUAGGGCCUUCUGCUAAGAGUCAGACUUAAUUAGGCUGAAUCUUCAGAUUGCUUUGCAAAGCUUGCAAAAAGACUAGUGCGCUGCGGGCUUGGGAGGGUUUUCUCCAACAAUGGGGUGCCGAAGUUGCUUGCAAUGCAUCCUGAAGCUCAACAAUUUUCUGCUGGCAAUUGUUGGGGCCUUGCUGAUCGCCUACUCGCUGUGGAUGCUCAACGAGUACUCCGCACACCAUCCUGGCGCCCCAGCCCCUGCACCAUACUAUGCCUCUCUUGAGCUACCCCAUGGGCAGGCCUCCGGUGUAGUUCUUGGCCGGGCCAUUUUUGAGGAACCAGCUCUGGUCCACAGCCACUGGCAUUGGCCAGACCUCUCCAAAUGGCGCCUACCUGCACCAUGGUUCAUCUACGGCACACUGGCGCUCGGCAUCUUCACUACCCUCACCUCAUGCACGGGCCUGAUCGGCGCCGAGUCGGGCAGCCGCGUGUGCCUCUCCUGCUACAACCUGGGCCUGCUGCUGCUCGUUGGCGGGCAGGUGAUUGCGGGCGCGCUCAUCUACUUUGACCGCAGCUGGGAGGAGGACAUCCCGCGCGACCCCACCGGCCAGCUGGACAAGGCGCGCCGCUUUGUGGGCACCAACCGCGACCUCGCCAAGAUCGCCGGCUGCGCCGUGCUUGCCAUUGAGGUGGUGGGGUGGGUUCUUUCCAUGGUCCUGCGCGCCCUGCUCCCCUCCCGCCGCCAGCCCUACUACGACUCGGACGACGACUACGCCCCCGCAGCGCGCGCCCCGCUGCUGCCGCGCAACGCCGCGACGGGCCCAGCAGGUGCAGCUGGCGGUACUGCUGCUCCGGCUCGCAGGAACGACCAAUGGAGCUCCCGCAUGAAGGCCAAGUACGGCCUGGAUACCGCCGAGCUUGCCAACGACCCCGCGCGGCCCCGCACCGCAGCCUCACAAAGCGGUGCCGCUGAGGGCGCGGCCGUAGAGGCGCCCGCGGCCGGCAGCCGGUGCAGCAUCCUUUGAAGCGAGGCCGGACCCCACCCCGAAGCGGAGGAGACCCCCGAGGCCAAAAAGUUGCAGCUGCAGCCGCUGGUCGGGGAAGCGCGGCCGUGAGGGGGGCGAGCCCCAAGGGUUACGUAAGCUCUUUGAUGAGGCAAGAGGGAGUUUGCGAGGGGCAGGGGUGGAGGUCCGGGCUUCUGCACUUUUGGAGCGAGGUCCACGUAUCACCGCCAAUCAGCAAUGCGGCAGGUAGUGCUACAGGUAAUACGAGCAGGUUAUAGGACAAUGUACAGACGGUUCCAGUCUAUACCAGUCUAGUUUAUGGUUUCUGUUUCAAUCAGUUGCUGCUUUCAUGUAAGACGUAUAUAUGGUUAGAACUCUCUCUGCACCUGGAUAAUCAGACCAUUGUAACACAUAUCUCUCAAGCCCGCAUGUUUUGUUCGAACUUUUUCCAUGCCCAUUGCGCUUUCCUGUUGGAAAGCUAGCAUGGAGUCCCUCGCCUUUUCCUG